UGUUACUUACAGGCCAUCGUGUCCACUACCAGCAAAUGAAAGGAACACUCGACUCAACUUGGGUCCCUCCCUUUCUCUCCCAUGUUCAGAUCACACCAGUUCUUUCUACGAAAUGCAUACGUGUGUCUCAACUCUCUUUCAGCUAAUCCUUUUUCUUCAACGCUUUCCUCAAUUCUGUAUUCUAUGUACCUCUAGUUCUCCGAAUUCCUUUUAAAAAAAAGUAUAAUUUAUCAGUAUAGUUGAAUCAAAAGAGCAAAAAUCCUUUGGAAAUUUUACAACAACCCAAAUUUUGGCAAUCAAGAGCGUUAGAUUCGAUUCUUGUCAUGUCCUCCUCAUCGCUAUUAUACUAACCGCAUUAAAUAAUUUGCUUCUUUUUACCCAUUCGCGAUCAAUGCCAUUUGUCUACUCCUUGCCCCCUUUCAUGGUAUUAUUGUAAUCAUAUCAACUGCCAUUAGUUCCUCAGCAUACCCAUCAAAUUAUACAUAUUCACAUCUUGAUUAGGCUGAAAAAACUUGGUUCAGUUUAUGUACUUUUGGGGACCAUUUUAAUGAUUUCUCGAAUUCAUAUAAAGAACCUGGAUCUAAUUUUCCGGUUGAUUUUGUUGGUUUAAAUCGGUGUGAUGCAUAUUGAAGUUAUUAACAACAAUGGCGACUUUGAUCCCUGGUGUAUUGUUGAAAUUGCUUCAGCAUAUGAACACGGAUGUGAAAGUUGGAGGUGAACACCGAUCAUCUCUAUUGCAAGUGGUGAGCAUUAUUCCUUCUUUAUCUGGUGGUUCACUUUUUAAAAACCAAGGGUUUUACAUAAAAGUAUCCGAUUCUUCUCAUUCCACAUAUGUUUCUUUACCUGAUCACCAAAAUGAUCUUAUUCUCAAUGAUAAGAUCCAAUUGGGUCAAUAUAUAUUCGUGGAGAGGCUGAAAUCAGCCUCUCCUGUGCCCAUUUUACAUGGGUGUCGGCCACUUCCAGGCCGACACCCUUGUAUAGGAACCCCUAAAGAUAUUGUUGCCACACACUCUUUGGGGUUCCUAAACAAUAAUCAAUUGAGUAGCAAGAAAACUACACCGAUUUUGGCAAGAUCGAUAUCUCAUUUGUCAAAAUCGGUAAAUGAUGGAAUUAGAGCAAAAGGGUCUUUAAACCUAAACAAUAAUCAAUUGAGUAGCAAGAAAACUAUACCAGUUUUGGCAAGAUCGAUAUCUGAAAUGUCAAAAUCGGUAAAUGAUGGAAUUAGAGCAAAAGGGUCUUUAAACCUAAACAAUAAUUUUAGUAGCAAGAAAACUACACCACUUUUGGCAAGAUCGAAAUCUCAUAUGUCAAAAUCGGUAAAUGAUGGAAUUAGUGUAAAAGGGUCUUUGAGAUUGAAAGCAAAAUCGAUCAAUUCAAGCCAAAUGCCUAUGUCUCCAUCCGGUUGUUAUUCAAUGCCGAAUUCAUUUGAGAAGUUCUCUAAUGGGGUUAAGAAGCAAUCGAGUAUCAAUGGAGUAAAUAAGACAAUGGGUAAGUUGAAUUUGGGAGGAAAAGUGAGUCAAAGUGUGAAGAAGAAAUAUGGGAUUCAAGGUAUUGAUUUGGGACAUAAGGCUCUUAGGAAGAGCUGGAAGGGUAGUAUGGAGGCAAGGAUUCCAAAACUUAAUAUCAUCAAAAAAACUUCAAAGCCUGAAUCUCGGAUUACUUUUACUUCAAGAAAAUCGACAAGUGAAAUGACACAAUCGAAGGAGGAGGAUAAUAAAGUGAAGUUGUUUGUAAAGUCAUCUAAAGAAGAAAGUAAGAAUGAAACACAAGUGAAGAAAAUUGCUAUGAUUAAAGAAAAAUCAUCAAAUGGGAGGAAAUCAUUAGCAAAAGCUUCAUGUAAGGGAUUAUCAGGAAACAUGAUGAAGGUUUCUCUUAGUAAUAAGAGAUUAACAUACGAAAGUGAUUCUUGGUCUUCACUCCCAUUGGAUAUUUCAAACCUUGGAAAGGAAGUGCUGAAGCAUAGAGAUGCUGCACAAAUUGCUGCCAUGGAAGCUAUGCAAGAAGCUUCAGCUGCUGAAAGCAUACUUCAAUGUAUAAGGACUUAUUCUGAGCUCUGUUCUUCCGCAAAAGAAGACAACCCACAGCCCACUAUUGACCAGUUUUUGUCCAUGAAUGCUACCUUAAAUAACAUUCAUCAAAUUACCAAAUCUUUAACAAAAAUCAUAAACCCUAAUUCAUCAUCAAAUCCCGAAGAAAACCCAUCAGAAGAACUCAUAAAACUCACAUCUGAUCGACAAAAAAAAGCAAAUCUUUGGCCGCCGGUCAACCCUACCACUCGAUGGCUCCACCAAGACCCCACCACCAAGCCACGUAGGACUGUGGUUGACCAAAACUCCCGGGCCCCACCUUCAAAAUGGGAAAAGGGGUCUGGUCUUUAUGAGACGAUAAACUUGGCAGAAAUGUUGAAAAUGGAGUCGGGUGAUUGGUUUUUGGGGUUUGUUGAAAGAUUCUUGGAUGCUGAUGUGGACAUGGUAUCGGAUAAUGGUAGAAUCGCGGGGAUGCUGACUCAGCUCAAGAGUGUGAGUGAGUGGUUGGAUAAGAUUGAGACGAGUAAAGAUGAAGGGGAGAGAAUUGAUCGGAUAAGAAAGAAGAUUUAUGAUCAUCUUCUUACACAUGUGGAAUCUGCUGCGGUUGCACUUGGUGGAGCCUCAGUAACAUCACAAAGUGAAAGAAAAGCUAAAAUGUAA